AAGAACACUGAUAUAAAAAUAACGCGUUCGUAACGUAGUUUUUUAGCGAACGCUGAAAAUGUAUUCUCUUAAUUUCAAUCUCAGUUUAUUGCAAAAUUUUAGUAAUAGUGUAGUUGGGAUUUCGGGACUCAAAUAAUAGGCUACCUGUAGCCUAGUGUGUCCUAUGUUCCAAAUAUCUCGUGGCGAGAGAUCUUUUGAAUUAUUAUUUUUACAGUAACAGCUUCCUGGUGGUAGGUGGAGCUUGUUUAUACGUUUUAUCACAUUUUAACCAAUGAUACAUUCGCUUGUCAUGUCACCGACGUCGGUGGACCAAUAAUCUAUUCGUUAUACUCACGCCAAGCCUGCCCCAACGCACAGUAGUCAUUUACAUAAAGUGAAUUGGUAGGUCGCGCUUGGCAAAUCAGAGGUCGAGCGUUCGAACCCAGCGAGUGGCUGCCGACACCUUGUUAUGAUGGAGCGUGGCAACGUCUGUCACUCUAAACUCCAGAAUAGUACUAGAGAAUGUUACGAUUUCUGUCACCAUGGCUGACGAGUGGAAGGAGUGCAUGGACCACUGUUUGGAGGUGACCAAAGAAGCGGGGAAGAUGAUCCGUGCAGCGCUCCAGAAGGACAUAGCCAUCAUGCAGAAGAGCUCUCCGGUGGAUCUGGUGACUGAGACGGACCAGAAGGUGGAGCAGCUCAUCAUCUCCUCCAUCAAGGAGAAAUAUCCCACACACAGUUUCAUAGGGGAGGAGUCAGUAGCCGCUGGUGACCCCAGCAUCCUGACAGACAACCCCACCUGGAUCAUCGACCCUAUCGAUGGAACUACCAACUUUGUACACAGGUUCCCUUUUGUGUCUGUGUCAAUUGGCUUUGCUGUGAAGAAAGAGAUAGAGUUUGGUAUCAUUUACAGCUGCAUAGAGGAUAAGAUGUACACUGCUCGGAAAGGGAAUGGAGCAUUCUGUGAUGGAGUCCCCAUCAAGGUGUCUGGGCAGGAAGACAUCACUAAGUCCUUGGUGCUCACGGAGAUGGGUUUCAAGAAGGACCCUGAGCACUUCAAAACAAUGAUGGCCAACAUCAACACCAUCCUGUCCAUUCCUGUCCAUGGGAUUCGUUCACCGGGCAGCGCGGCGGUAAACAUGUGUCUGGUUGCGUGCGGCGCGGCGGACGCCUACUACCACAUGGGCAUCCACUGCUGGGACAUGGCAGCCGGCGCCGCCAUCAUCAGAGAGUCAGGCGGAGUCAUCAUGGACAUCUCAGGAGGACAGUUUGACCUGAUGUCCAGGAGGCUGAUCAUCGCUAGCAGCAGGACCAUCGCAGAACACAUCGCCUCUAAAGUUACUGUGUUCCCCUGUGGACGGGAUGACUUGGAGGACUAGAGACACAUACAUACACAGAAUAUGUAUGUUUACACUGUUUGUGAUUGGCAGUUCCGGAUUCAAGUUCUGCAUGACUUAAAGUUGUGAUAUUGACCUCUUGUUAGAUGCCUCGUGGACUUGUGGGAACAUGUCAGUGUUUUCAGAUUGUUACAGUUCAUUUAUCAGCUGUACCUCCUAGUCGGCUACUCCAGGGCUUUGACUUGUUAUUUAUACGUUCUUGGGCUUUUUCUUAGUAAUUCUUUUGUCUGUCAGUGAUAUCAGAGGUGACAAAAUCACCUCUAUCCUGUAGAGCUAUGUACAACUACAUACUGUACUUCAACAAGAUAUCAGUGAAAUAAAGCCAUCCUUGCAAAUCUCUACUCCUGGGGCUCUGGAAAUACACUCUUAAAUCAAUAUUUUAGUAUUGAAAUUGGUUUUUUCUCACUCUGCAUACCUGUGUAGGAUGUGUAUAGAGUGAAGUAUAUUCUUAACUUAUUGCAGCCAAUUGCUUUUGUGUUUGCAGGAAAUUAAAGUAACAUGAAAAUUCAGAAAGCCAUUUUAGUUUUUCAGACCGAUAAUAUUGGUAUUUAACAGUAGCUUCCUUACCUUGUAAAAAACUAUGGUUUGAAUGAAAGAAAUAUAGAGGAGUAUUCUGUAAAUAACGAUGUGUAAUAACCAUGGUAUAUUAUUUCAAUGAGUCAUCUGAUGUACAUUUGGUGUUUGAAUAUUAGGAAAAACAUCACAUUUUGUAUUUGUUGUCUUCUAUUUUAAAGCAUAUUGAUGUUUUUUUUUAACCAACUUUGCUGCCAUUUACAGGGGUGUGAUUCUGUUGUGGUGGUGGGAGGGAGGAGAGAGGAGUGUUAAAGUGUUGAAACAAGUGUGGAUGUUUACGCAAUAAAGUUACGCAAGGUGGGCGAGACUGGCACUGGAAUGUCAAAA